AUGGCCGAUAUUGCUCAGACUUCCAGUGCUGAAGUUGCUGCCCAAGCUGUAAAUCUUCGCGCAGAAUUGAAGAAUUGGGAGAAAGCCUUCGCGUUGGACAAUGGGGGCCGGAAAGCUGGACGCAACGAUAUAAAACAAAAUGCGGAAAUCGCUGCCAAAUACAAAGAAUACGGCCGCCUAAAAGCCCUCGAAGCGUCCCUUAGCAGACAUGAGACCAGUCGACAAGACGCAUCUCAAAGUCACACCAAGAAGCGGAAGCAUGCAUCUCCCCCUGGUCGAGACAACGAAUUUCUCCAAGCAACGCCCCGCAAAUCAGCUAGAGGUCUCUUUGCGACUCCAUCUACCAAUCGCAUUAAACACCACCCCGCACAACUUGAUCCGUAUGACUCGCCGUCGACCCUGCGUAGGCUUUUUAGCCCCAGUACCCACCGCCAAGGGCUACCAGAACCUUCACCGUUAAAGGCCGCAAUUGGGCCUACUCCUCAGCGUGAUGGAAAAACAUUGGGUCUGUUCGAUAUGAUAUCCGAAUCCGGGGGCAGCAGUGCAACUCCUUCUGUCAAGAGGCAAACGGAUAAACUAGCAGCGGCGUUCCGCACUCCCUCCAAACGAAGACCUAUAGAGGCAAUCCCCGAGGCUCCGGAAGAAGAAUCACUGCAGGAAACGCCGAGGCUUGCGCGAACACCUGCAUCCGAGACUAAACAGUUCUAUCUUGCGAAUUUGUUCGCAACACCAACAACUAUGCGCUAUGCAGCCAUGGUGGAAGCACAGGAUGAUGCAGAUGCGCAACAGAUAGAUUUGCCGAACCUGACGUCAGAAAUCUCCCCGCAAGCGGCGUUGUCUGGGACACCGUCUUUCCUCCGUCGCUCGAAUCCCGGUCGAUAUCCAGCUUCUAGCGCGAACCCCGAUGACCCUGGCUUCAGCCCUGUCGCUUCGCGCAAAGUCCAGAAAUUCGCAAGCAAGGGACUAUCGCAUUUGGUGCAAGGUCUGCGAGACAUGGAAGAGGAGCGUAUGGAGGACGACUGGGAGGUGAUGCGCGAGAUGGAGGAAGCCGCUGAGGCCGAAGAAGCCGCCAGAAACCCAGUUGAGGAAGAUCAGGGUGCGGACAAAAACCGGAAGUACAAAAAGAAGGGUCAAAAACGAACAACCCGAAGAGUGGUUAUGAGGCCAGUUUUCCAUAAGCCGAAGCCCGAGUCUAACCCAGAUCCCCUGGCGGACGAGGACCUGGCAGAAGAUGAGGACGAGGUGGUGGCAGUCCCAGAGACGCAGCAGGCACCUGCUGUCACUGAUGGCUGGGACGAUGUCCCGAGUGAUAUUGAGAGGGCGGAAGAUGCCGCUUCGCAGCAUACUAUGUCAGAGCCUGACCUCGAUACCGAGGCAGAGUUUGACCCGGACUCGGAUGAUGACCCUGAGUUCGGAGAAGGGCCAAAGCCUGUUGCCAAACCGAAGACCUUCUCAGAGAGAAUCAAGGAAGCUGUGUCUUCUUCUGCUGCUGCGAAAACGAAGGAACAAGAGCCAUUGGGCAAGCCUCUGAAGAAGCCGGAGGGUUCCGAAGCAAAGAAGUCCCGUCCUCGGAAGAUCAAAGCCGAGGCUCAUGCGAAUUAUCGAUCGUUGAGUAUUAACAGAGGAGGUGCUUCGCGUGGUAGAGGAGGGCGCUUCCGGCGGAGGUGA